GUCCACAUGAGCGUCAUCAACAUAGAAACCUAUUUAAACCGAGUGUUGCCGUCCAACUCCUCAUUCACCGACCUCUACUGUUUCUUUCGUCUCCACCUCUUCUCCUUCCUUCCUUAACAUGUUAUUUGCCAGUGCUACGGCUACAGCCCUGUUUGGGCUAGGCGUAGCGGCCUCCGUCGCACCCCAGGAAGUGCCUAGUGGCCACAUGAGCGCGAUGCGGAAACGCAGUGUUAUGAAGCGCGGUCUGGAUACCUUCAGCAUCCCCCUCGUUGACCAGUUCAACGGCACCGAUUUGCAGUGGUACGGAAAUAUCUCGGUCGGCACGCCACCACAAGAGAUCCCAGUCGUGUUCGAUACAGGCAGCUACACGCUAGAGUUUGCAGUACGUACCGAAUGCGGCGAGCCAUGCGCGAACCAGGUCCAAUUCAACGCUUCUGCCAGUUCGACAUUUGUGAGAACCGGCGAGGUGCAGGACAUUGCUUUCGAGACUGGUGGCGGCGUGAACCCUAUUACCUCCGAUGAUGAAUACGUUCUGUGGCUACAGCCUGGAAACGAUACUGUGACCGUGGAUGGGGUCGAGACAGCGAAUGUGGAGCUGAAUCUCGUUGUCAACCAGACAGCUGCGUUUGAACCAAAUCCCUACAGCGGAAUCACAGGUCUCGGACCCGUGGCUGAGGGAUUUUUCCUUGGCCUGACGAACAAUGGGCUGCCAGCGCUGUUCGGUUUAUACGUGACUCCAAACUCUGUCGGAAACGCUGAGAUCACGUUCGGUGGCGUCGACGAAUCGCAUAUUCACGGCGAGAUUCAGACUGCGUCGCUCCCAUCGGACAACGACGACACAUGGUUGUUGAGCUCGUCUGCAAUCUAUAUAAACGACCAGACGACCUCACUGCUCUCCACCUCCCGCACGAUCAUCUUCGACAGCGGCACAAGUAACGUAUACUUUGAUCCCGACAUCACGGAGGAAAUCUACUCCAAGAUCUCGCCCAAUAUCAAGUCGUACGCGCCCGAGACGACCGAGUACGGGACCGCAUACGGGAUUCCCUGCUCCGAGAUCGACUCGCUCGCGUCCGAGCUCACGCUCACGUUCACGAACACCGCCGGCGAGCCGUUCAACCUGACGAUCCCCAGCAGCGAGCUGAACGUUGGACCGUUCCCCGGUCAGACGGAGACGUGCCAGACGUUCAUCAACUCCAUCGACGGCCUGAACCUCGUCGGCGGAAGUUUGCUAAAGCACUACUACGCGAUCUUCAGCGUGCAGAACCAGACCAUCGGCUUCGCGGAUAAUGGUGAGUGCCGGGACGUGAAACCCGGAAAGCGUUUCUGACCGUAUGCUAGGCGUCUCGUCUACGGUGGGUAGUGCCUCUGCUUGAACUCUUUAUUUAAUUCAUUGGCAUGACGGCGGGCAUAUAUACUAUCUUUUAAGGCUGCGAAUGCCAGCAGCACUACAUCAAGCUCCCAACGCGCGCGGUCAAGCAAAAGCAUCGUCGUAGCUAUCAUCGUUGCCUUCUGUAUAUCA